GUCUGCUCUUCAAAUAUGCUAAAUCGCAGGAAACAUCAUUUAUUUAAUUUCAUCUAUAGAGUAAUAAAAUCGGGAAAACCUCCGUAUUUGAAAAAUGAGCUUUUAACUUUUAAUCAUUAUUACGGGACAAGACAUAACCAGAAUUUUUUAUUACUCCUCGACAUAGGUCUGCAGCAUUUCAACGUUCUUUUUCAUUUCUUGCAGUUAAAAUGUGGAACAGUCUAAAUAAUGAUGCAAAGAUGGAGAAGCGAACAUGUGAUGAUAGAUGUUGUAUGUGUAUGUAGAUGUAUUUCGGUGUUGUUAACUGUAUGAGGGUUCGUCGGUGUGGCUUCGCGUCCGUUGCAUUCUGCCGCUCUUCGCCCCCUCACCGGUGCUCCCCACCCG